AUGAGUUUCUUGGGGAGUUUAAACUAUAUCAGCCGGUUCAUAGCACAAUCAACAGUGGAAUGCGAGCCCAUUUUCAAGUUGCUGAAGAAAGAUGCCCCGACUAAAUGGACUGAGGAGUGCCAAACUGCUUUCGACGCUAUCAAGAGCUAUUUGUCUAACCCACCAGUAUUGGUUCCGCCACGAGAAGGGAGUCCUUUGUUGCUGUAUUUGUCUGUUUCGGAUAGUGCCUUUGGAUUUGUACUUGGUCAACACGACGAGACAGGGAAGAAGGAAAAGGCUAUCUACUACAUAAGCAAGAAAUUUACUCCGUACGAGUCUCGGUACACUUUGCUUGAGAGAACAUGUUGUGCUCUGACGUGUCUUGCCCAGAAAUUGAGACAUUACUUGUCUUCAUAUACCACGUAUCUUAUUUCCAGAAUGGAUCCGUUGAAGUACAUUUUCCAGAAAGCGAUGCCGACUGGAAAUUUAGCUAAAUGGCAAAUGCUGUUGAGUGAGUUCGAUAUCGUGUAUGUGACUCAGAAGGCAAUAAAGGCACAAGCCUUGGCUGAUCAUCUUGCUGAAAAUCCCAUGGACGAAGAAUAUGAACCUCUCAAGACUUACUUUCACGAUGAAGAAGUGUCAUUUGUGGGUGAAGAUAUCUCUGAAGCUUAUCCAGGUUGGAGAUUAUUCUUUGACAGAGCGGCGAAUCACCAAGGUAAAGGUGUUGGAGCGGUCUUAGUAUCAGAAUCUGGUCAGCACUAUCCUAUGGCAGCUAAACUGCGAUUCAACUGCACAAACAACAUGGCUGAAUACGAAGCUUGUAUUCUUGGUUUUAAAAUGGUCGUUGACAGGAAUGUUUACGAGUUAUUGGUUAUUGGAGAUUCAGACCUUUUGAUUCAUCAGGUUCAAGAGGAAUGGGCUGUGAGGAACCCAAAAAUUAUACCUUACGUACAGUGUGUGCAAAAUCUGUGCAAAAGGUUCCGCAAGAUCGAGUUCACACAUACUCCCAGAAUACAGAAUGAAUUGGCUGAUGCUCUUGCCACCAUCGCUUCAAUGAUCAAACAUCCGGAUACUGAUUACAUUGACCCGCUGGAUAUAGAGUUGAAGGAGCGCCCGGUCCAUUGUUCACAUGUUGAAUCAGAACCAGACGGUUUGCCUUGGUAUUUCGACAAAAAGAGGAGGACUCCAGAUUUGGGUCAUUUAAGAUGUGUAGAUGCUGCUGAAGCUGUGAGGCUUAUUGAACAGAUACAUGCUGGAGUUUGCGGUACAAACAUGAAUGAGCUUACUUUUGCAAGAAAGGUUCUUCGAGCUGGUUAUUUCUGGAUGACUAUGGAGAAUGACUGUUGCAAAUUCGUGCAAAAAUGCCACAAAUGUCAAGUGCACGGCGAUUUGAUACGGAUGCCACUUCACGAACUUAAUUGGGUGGAGGCAGCCUCUUACAAGUCGGUAACCAAGAAAGUGGUGGCCGGUUUUGUCCGCAACAAUCUGAUAUGCAGAUUUGGAGUUCCAGAAUCCAUCAUCACUGAUAACGGUGCAAAUCUCAACAGUCAUUUGAUGAAAGAGAUAUGUGAACAAUUUAAGAUUAUUCAUCGAAGGUCAACUGCUUAUCGCCCUCAAAUGAACGGAGCUGUAGAGGCCGCCAACAAGAAUAUCAAAAAGAUUUUGAGGAAAAUGAUCGACAAACAGCGAGGUUGGCAUGAAAUGUUGCCGUAUGCUCUACUGGGUUAUCGAACGAUGGUCAGAACAUCGACUGGGGCUACUCCAUACUUACUAGUAUAUGGAACAGAGGCAGUCAUGCCUGUUGAAGUCGAGAUACCGUCAUUAAGGAUCAUCCAAGAAGCUGAGUUAAGUAACGCUGAGUGGGUUAGCAAACGGAUCGAUCAACUAGCUUUGAUUGAUGAGAAGAGAAUGGUCGCCAUUUGCCAUGGCCAGCUGUACAGACAGAGAAUGACUCGCGCUUUUCACAAAAGAGUAAGAGCCAGAAAUUUUGAAGUUGGUCAGUUGGUUCUUAAGAGUAUUUUUCCUCAUCAGGACGAGUACAAAGGAAAGUUCGCACCAAACUGGCAAGGUCCCUACAUGGUUCGUAAUGUACUAUCUGGAGGCGCUUUGGUCUUGUCAGAGAUGGAUGGCACUGUAUGGCCCAAACCUAUCAACUCAGAUGCUGUCAAGAGAUACUAUGCGUGA